AUGUCGGACCCUACGCCCCUCCUCCGCCGCUCAUGGACUUGCCUUGGCCAGCCAUCGGCGCUACGACCAGCCUCUCCAGGCCCACAGGUGCCAAGUCAAUGCUCCGUACCACUGUCUGUCAGCGCCGCACUCCUCCAUGCAACCGCUUUUAGCAGAGGCCUCGACCAGAGGGACGUCGUAACCGCCCUGGCGAGCUCCGACCAAGUCUGCCUCCUCUCCCGCGACCGCGACUUUGUCCAGGCGCUCCCUUUCUGGCAGGCCUUUUCGGCCUCAGAAGAGACCGAGAGAGCCGUGACGUGCGUCUGCGUCGGAGUGGACCCAGGCGCAAGACAGACGCUCGUCGCCGCCGCAAUGGACCACCGCAUCGCCAUCUGGGCCGCAUCCAACAGCACCACGCGCAAGUGGAAGGUUCAUUCGACCGUCAUGGUCAACGACGGGCCCGUCACCUCCAUCGAUCUCCACGCAGAGAUGCUCGUCAUCGGCACCGCGACCUCGAUCAGCCUCUGGCAACUCGGACAGAGCGGCAUCAGCAUCUGGAGGCGCACCUGGUCCAGGCCGUCUCCCGCCCCGAUCCGUCUUGCGCGCUUCUCGCCCGAAGGAAGCUCGAUUGCUGCAGCGACCGAGGGCGGACAGAACAUCCUCUUGUGGUCGCUGCCUCACAGCGCUGCCUCGGCCGGCGCGUCGGGUGAGAAGGGCAUACCCAGCCUCACACAGCGAAUCUUUCAUCCUUUCCCGGUCUCGUCAUUCGUCUGGCGCCACCCGCCCGAUCCUUCCAGCCAAUCGGACGUGCUCGUCUCAUCCUGUGCCGACGGCGUAACUCGUGUCUGGGCUGCCGUCAUCGACGAACCCGCCAAGCUGCGGCUUUGGGCGACGCUCGACUCGACGUCGGAUGUCGGAAAGCGGCUGGCCGAACUCCGCCGCGCUUCCACCACAGCCACCAUCGAACCGGUACCCUUCUAUCUCGAGGCGCAUGUCGUUGCCAACGCGCUCCGCGCAAAUAUUGGUGCUCUGGAGAAGGAGCUGCAGAUGAUGGAGCUCGGAUUGGGCGACAGUGAAGGCGAGGAUGACCACUCGGCGCAGGGAAAACGACGUGAUACAGAGAUGGAGACGGACAUCAAGCGGACAAGGCUUCGAAGGCUGCAGCAGCUGCUCAGUGAUGCGCCCGACUUGUUCGUCAAGCUCGAAGAAGACGGCUUCUUGACAGUGCUGGCCGUGGCGAACAUCGAUCGCAAGCCUCCCACCCUGCUGCAGACGCUUACCGUCCUCAAAGCACCGAUCCGCCUGCCACUCAAGACAGCGGACGUUCUUGAUGUCGCCUUGUUGCCGCGCUACGCAGGCAACGGGGCCUCGAGCGAGGACGCUUUCGCAGUUUUGCAGAUCCGAAGCACGUCCGGCGCUGCAGUCGCCGUCGACCUCAACCCGGCCCUCUUCUUCGACGGCAGGGGCAUCGGCCUGUCUCAUCAAGGCGAGGAUCUAGCCUCCUUUCCGUUCGCUGCUUCGGACAAUGUCGCCCGCGUCGAUACCCGCAGCCCGGUUAUCGCACACUGUAGCAGGAUCGCACGCCUAGACCGAUCCGCUGAUGGCAGGUUCCUUGCAAGUGCUUCUUCGACCGAAACGAUCGUCUGGGACGGCGAGGCAGGGUCGCACCAACGCCUGGGCAAGGGACGCGCCGUAAUGCGGCCAAGUUCGGGCCCUUACGACGGCAAAUCGAAGCAGGCGGCGAUAUCUGACGAUGGCCUGCUGCAUGCCAGAAUAUGUGGCAACGAGCUGUGCGUCGUGGCGCCGCAUCUCUUGGCCGAAUCCGCGUCGUGUACAUCAGCGCUCCCCGAAGACGUCGAGGUGCUUCGAUUUGCGCGGAUCGGGGAGGUACAGCACCUCGUGGCGUGCGCAAAGGACGGCGCCUCGCGCGUAUGGAAAGUCCAGAUGGGCGACAGUCUCAACGUGGAUGCGGUGGCAAGGCCAAGGAUCCCCUUGCAGGAAGAAGUGGGGGCUUCUGUUGUGGUCUCCAUCAUCGGCCUAGGUCAGCAGGCGACGACCAGCUCGGCUCUCGUCUCCACCCUGAGCGCAGACGGCCAUCUUCAGAGGUGGGGUCUCCGUCCAACUAAGGCCACGGCGAUGCGCAAGGCUCCUUCCGACCUCAGCCUAGGCUGGUUUCGUGAGAGCUCGAUGCGGGUUAGCGCCCGCCAUGCCGUCUUGGCCAGCUGCACAUCCGCCGGUCAGAAUGCGAUCGUCUCGUCGCUGCCGGAUGGCCUUCAGCGCCUCAGCAUCUACAACUCGAAAGCAUCGUCCUUUGCAUCGGGAUUGGAGCACGAGCGCACGUACGACGCCGGCGAUCCGAUCUUGGCCAUGGACUGGUCACCCUCGCCACUGACCGAAUCCACCCUCGCCCUUGCCUUUCAGCACCGCGUCGAGGUGCUAGCACCCGCGCGAACUGCCAUUGAUGUGGGCGACGAUGACGGCGUCACGCACGUUGGCCAACGCUGGAGCAUAUGCCUUCGCAUCGACAUGGCCAGCUGUACGCCCAGCAAGAUCCGUGGUCUGGCAUGGCUUUCACGCGAGCGCAUUGCCGUCGCCUCGGCCUCUUCGAUUUUCGUCUGGGGACCAAUGUGCGAGCCCGCUCCGGCCGACGCCAAAAUGGCAACCAAGGCCUCCGUGAGCAGUGCUGUCAGCGCUGCCGCCGUCCGGCAACGCCCCACACAUCUCGCCGAGGUCAUCGCCGAGCGGACGGGACCCUUGCCACAGUAUCAUCCGUCCUUCCUACAAGAAUGCCUGCUCUGGAACAACCUCGACGCGGCCAAGGCGAUCAUCAUCAACCUUCGGGCUGCGAUUGCCGCCGUGUCACCAGGCAGCAUCGAAGAGACUUGGCACUUCAAAGAAAUUUCUCUGGAUGCUUUUUCGUUGGUCGACGCUGGGAACAGCGGGGCGGCGCGAAACGCUGCAGUCAAUGGUCAAGCCAAGGCCCGGCCCAACGGGCGUUCAAUCUUCGACGACGACGGUGGCUUCGCCUCGGACGGCACCGACGACGCCACCAGCUUCUUCGGCACCAAGGGCGCUCAGUCGCUGCUGCGCGCGAUCGAUGGCAUCCACGUUCCGCACCUAUCGGACAACGACGUCAAGGCUCUCGCCGUUAUCAUCCGCACCCUCGGCGAGGCCGAGGAGCAAAGGCGCAGCCUAGACGACAACGGGUUGCGGUUCUUGAUGUCGCUGCGGCUGCUCCUCAACCGGCCCGAAAACGAGCUUGUCGCCGAGGGGGCGCUGGCGGGCGAGCUCGAUCAUCAGGACACGGUGUGGGCGCAGCACAGCAACAACCAGGAGCCGCUGCUGAGCGCUAUCGCAGCCGGCUGCGGGGGAAAGCUGACGUGGGCUGUGGCAAGGUCCACCGGCGUCUUCAUGUGGCUCAAGAGCCAAACGGCGCUGCGCGAGCAGGCCGAGCAGGUGGCGCGCGCCCAGUUCAUGGUGGGCGACGAUCGCGAUCCCGUCAAGUGCUCCCUCCUCUACUACGCCCUCGGCAAGCCAAAGGUGGUGCUCGGCCUGUGGAAGCAGGCCAUCUGGCAUCCCGAGCAGAAGAAGAUGCUCCAGUUCCUCGCCAAAGACUUUUCCGAGGAGCGCUGGCGGACGGCGGCUCAGAAGAAUGCGUUUGCGCUGCUCAGCCAGCGCCGAUACGAGUUUGCCGCUUCGUUUUUCUUGCUCGGCGGCAGCCUACAGGACGCGGUCAACGUGUGCGUCCGGAACCUUGGCGAUCUCAACCUGGCCGUGGCGCUGGCUCGCAUCUACGAGGGCGGCGACGACGGUCCCGUUCUGCGCAACCUGCUGCAGACCAAGGUGCUUCCGCAGGUGUUUGCCAACGGCCAGCGCUGGCUCGGAAGCUGGGCGUUCUGGAUGCUCAAGCGCCGCGACCUCGCCGUGCGGAUCAUUGUGUCUCCGCUGUCGGAACUGAUGGCCGACCCUGACGUGGCGGCGAUGCUGCCGUCCGAUGCGAUCUGCGGCGAGGGGCACAGCGACGAUCCGUCGUUGGCGAUUCUGUUGAAGCAGCUCAAGAACAAGUCACUGCAGACUCUCAAGGGCACUGCGGCCAUUUCCGAGCGCAAGGAGUUUGACUUUGUGCUCCACGCCAACCGAGUCCUUUGCCGCAUGGGGUGCCAUCUUCUGGGCCUCAACCUGUUGCGGACGUGGGAGUUCGAGCCGCCACCGACGGUGGCCAGCUCGACGGCAAGCUACCACGCCGUGUCGAAGCAGGACCUGGUCAACCUCUCGCGCGUUGGCCAGGACAUUGCAGCCGCAGUCGACCAAGACGGCCGCAGCGGCCGCGACGAUUCGCGCGACGGCUUCGCCGGCUACACGGUAUCCCUGGAUGUCGAAACGAGCACGUCCGCCCCACGCGAGCGCACCGCUCACCAGCGACGGGAGUCGUACGCCUCGUCGAUGUCUCCUCCGCCGAGUCCGACCAUGUCAAGGCGUCGCAGCAGCAUGCUGCGAAGAAGAUCCAGCAUCGUCAAUGACCUCGACAUCGGAUCAUUCGCGGGGGCGAUCGGAUCGGCAAGCCUCGAGAACGCCGCGCACCAAAGGCAGAGCGCCUCGGACAGCUCGGAUGGCGCGGUGGCGUCAUCGACGAAGUCGAGGGAAGCAUCGGCGGCCAGCGCUCCGUCGACCAUGUUCCAGCACCGCGCAUGCGAUAAUGCCACCAUCACCGAGGAACCAACCACAGUCGACGAGGAAGAGCGGUCGGCCACCAUCGAGACCCCGUCACAGAAGCAGGUGGAUGACGCCGCUGCCGCUGCCGCCAACGAGAGCAAGCCAAAGGGCCUGAGCGUCUUCAAGUCUGCGGCGGCCAGCAACGCCAGCCAGGGCGCGCAGGAGUUCGACUUUGGCAGCUUCGGAUUCUGA